ACAAGCCAUCUUUUCAAAAAAGUUGUUUACUUUUUUGCUAAAUCAGUUAAACUCCAAUUAACCAUUUAUUAUGGAAGUUCUAAAAAAAAAACUGGAGCUCUGUUUGCUGAUAUUAAACAGGAGUAACAGAGGGGAUGUAAACUGGUUAAAUGACUUGUGUGCCGCGCUAUUGGAAUUUUCCACCCUGGUCCACAGCUCCUUGUGCACCCAAAAUCAGAGCGAAGCCUCGGAAUUGGUUUGCCUUUGCCUGAGCCAGAUAAUGAUCUGCAUUCGCCAGGUGGAAAACGCUAUGAAACUGGCAUGCGGCACUUCAGUUUCGGUCAGUCAUCAGUACUUCCUAGAGCGUAUUCAAUGGUGUCUUAAGCGCCUUUUACAUCUGUACAGCGAGGGCUCGAGAGCAGAUAAAGUUGGUCCGGAGUGCUCCUUCCUAAAACUGGUGGAUGCCACACUGGACACUUUGGCUCUGUUCACAUCCCACAAUGAGGAAAACACUGACCCCUCGAACUUUCCCAAAUCACCCCAGGAAGUUCUCUCGCUCAGCCAAAAUAUUCGUGCCAAUAUAGACUUGAUCCUGGGACAAUCCCUGGGAUUCGCCAAUGUGGCCUUGUCACAGGAUAAAACGGCUCUCAGUGCCUUGUGCCAGAAGGUAAUCCGCGAGUGCAAUGCCUUUCAAAAUGAGUGUCAGGUGCCCAGUGUCUCCUACCAAGCCAAUCUCAAGCUGAGGGCCAUGACCAUUGAGCAGGCGCUCUUUCAAUUGGAGGACUUCAUAAACGAUGCCCUGCUGCGUCUCGUAUUCACCUGCUUCCUGGAUUUUGAGAAGUUUUCGGUGGACAAAAUAAGAACUCUGUUGAGGAACAGUUCCGAUGAUGAUGCAUUGGCCGAUGAAUUCAUAGCCGACUUUGAUGUGAACAUCGAUCGUGCCACUCAGAUCGGUAUAUUUGCCAUUUCCUUUGCUCCGAACUUAAAAAUGAAAACGAUGAUGCGCAGCUGUCUGGCCUCCUUUGAGUCGCUGGAUACCACUCUGAUACCUUCUCUACAGGCCCAUGGUUCCGACUUGCACUCGGCCAUCCUAGAGCAGCACUUCAACGAGGAAGCGUCCAAGUUCAAGGCGGCUCUUCAGGAGAUCAUCGACAGUCGCGCCCUUUUAGGUUGCUGCUUGGAGAUUCUGAGCUCAGGCAUUAGUGCCGCCGAAAAGCUCUAUGACAAGCAGCGAUUGGAGGACUUGGCACAAAUGGCCUUGCUGUUAGUAGAGCACUUUCAGCUGGAGGUCAACCGAAAGGUGCUGGCCGAAACGAAGAACCAGGUGGGAGAAGAGUACUAUCAUCAAUUCGUCAGGAUUUUGCGCGAGUGCAAGGCCAUUCUGAUGUGCGCAUCCCAGGUGGAGCCGCAGCGAAUUCUUAAGCGAUUCAAGAUCCUGCGUACGAUCUUGCGCAAGCUGCACGGUUGCCUGGGAGCAGGGAAACACGAAGAUGGACUACCUAAUCCCUUGGGACCCCUUUUAUUGGAUGAGACGUAUGCUACAAAAGGGGUUGAUGAAGAUCUCACCCAGUUCUCGGGCUUUACAACCGGCCUCGGCGGCAGUAUUCUCUACGACACAGAGCGUAGGAGCAGAGUAAAUAGAGCUAAGGACAAUAAAAUAACCACAAAUGCGUUGGAUAUUAAAUCUUUUAAAACAAAACCGAAUGGAAAUGUGCUGAGAAGAGAAAGUUUACGCACUGUCAUGUUCAAGCGCCAAAAUAUAGCUGAAAGCAGAAAACUUUACACCACGAUCAGCAAUCAGUCUGCAGAUUUGCAAAUUACAGAUAUACUUGACCAACUCACAGGAAUGUCCAAUGGAUACUUUGAAUGCUGAAGCGUUUUCACUAUUUGUACAUAAUUUUUUAUUUUGAUAUAAUUUAAGACUCGUGAUUCAAGAAGUCAAACUUAACGUUUGUCGCCACUAGAAUUGUCAUAGGUCAGGUUAGACAUACACACAAACAUGUGUGGUUUUCUGGUGGCGCAGAGUGUUGUAUCCGAAACAGUUCAGACUGUUGCAAAAGUAGACCAUUAAGUUCAAUAAAAUAUACAAAAUCAA